AUGGCGGGACGGCUGCCGGCCUGUGUGGUGGACUGUGGCACGGGGUAUACAAAACUAGGAUAUGCUGGAAAUACGGAACCACAGUUUAUCAUCCCUUCCUGUAUCGCUAUUAAGGAGUCAGCAAAAGUGGGCGAUCAAGCUCAAAGGAGGGUGAUGAAAGGUGUUGAUGACCUAGACUUCUUCAUUGGUGAUGAAGCAAUAGAAAAACCUACAUAUGCAACAAAGUGGCCAAUCCGCCAUGGUAUAGUUGAAGAUUGGGAUUUGAUGGAAAGGUUUAUGGAGCAAGUGAUCUUUAAAUAUUUAAGGGCAGAACCUGAAGAUCAUUAUUUUCUUUUGACUGAACCUCCACUGAAUACUCCAGAAAACAGGGAAUAUACUGCUGAAAUAAUGUUUGAGUCCUUCAAUGUUCCUGGCUUGUACAUUGCUGUACAGGCUGUUCUUGCCUUAGCUGCAUCUUGGACCUCCAGACAAGUAGGAGAACGGACGUUGACCGGUACGGUAAUAGACAGUGGAGACGGUGUCACUCAUGUCAUCCCUGUGGCUGAAGGGUAUGUGAUUGGCAGCUGUAUUAAGCACAUUCCAAUCGCAGGACGAGAUAUAACGUAUUUUAUUCAGCAAUUGUUGAGAGACCGAGAAGUAGGAAUUCCUCCAGAACAAUCCUUGGAAACUGCUAAGGCAGUGAAGGAGCGCUAUAGUUAUGUCUGCCCAGACUUAGUAAAAGAAUUUAACAAGUAUGAUACAGAUGGAUCAAAGUGGAUUAAACAGUAUACUGGAAUCAAUGCUAUCUCAAAGAAAGAGUUUUCCAUUGAUGUUGGAUAUGAGAGAUUCUUGGGACCUGAAAUUUUUUUUCAUCCAGAGUUUGCUAACCCAGACUUCACCCAGCCUAUCUCAGAAGUUGUAGAUGAAGUAAUUCAGAAUUGUCCUAUUGAUGUCAGACGUCCUCUCUACAAGAAUAUUGUCCUCUCCGGAGGUUCAACCAUGUUCAGGGACUUUGGACGUCGCUUGCAAAGAGAUUUGAAAAGAACUGUAGAUGCCAGACUGAAAUUAAGUGAGGAAUUGAGUGGUGGUAGAUUGAAGCCAAAACCUAUUGAUGUACAAGUCAUUACACACCACAUGCAACGAUAUGCAGUUUGGUUUGGAGGAUCUAUGCUGGCUUCCACACCUGAGUUCUACCAAGUAUGCCACACCAAAAAAGAUUAUGAAGAAAUUGGACCUAGCAUUUGUCGUCACAAUCCAGUGUUUGGAGUCAUGUCGUAA